AAGCAAACACACUCUCGACAGCUCGGGAUAUCAGUUUCGCUCCUUGGAGGUGAAAUAUCCUCGGGAAAAUACUAGCGCUUCAACGGGAAAGUGCGUUGAUGCAACCCGUCGGUACUUCCUCGAUUUCAGCGAGUACAUAAAGCACGGCGCCCGCGGAAACGCCCACCUCAGCGCCAUGUUGCGAUCAGCAGCUCUCGUUCUCACCUUCGUCGUUGGGGCGUUGUCAGUUCCAGACGACGCGACUAUUCGCUUCGCUGAAGCAAACAACGUCCUCGGACUCAACCUUCUCAAGGCGCUCCCUACGGACGAGAACCAUGUCUUCCUCUCGCCGUUCAGCAUCAGCAUAGCUAUGUCCAUGGUAUACCACGGUGCAAGAGGAGUUUCAGAAAAGGAACUCGCCGCAGUUCUCGGGUACGAGGCGGCCGGGCUUCACGGAAGAGACGAGGUCUUGUCAGCCGUGCAGAAGUCCUUCCAGCAGCAGAACAGGAAUGUUUCCUUAGAGGUUGCCAAUGCCGUCCUGGUAAACCAGAGCUUUCCUGUUCUCGAGUCCUACAAGAAAGACCUGGAAGAUGUAUUUCAGGCAAAAUUUGAGGAAGUCAAUUUUCUGAAGGAGUCCAUAGCUGUAGCUGCCAAAAUCAACGCGUGGGUGUCAGCAAAGACGAGAGGCAAGAUCGACGAGGUUGUCAGCGAACUGCCCCCCACAACCGUCCUUUUCAUCAUGAACGCCGUCUACUUUAAAGGCGACUGGGAGCGAAAGUUCAUCGAAAGUCAAACAACGAGGCUGCCUUUCUUCAACUACGGCAAGUCGGCGAAGCAGGUCGAUACCAUGCUGAAAACCGCGAGGUACAGCUACGCCAGGAAUGAGGAUCUGAAGGCUGACGUCCUUGAGUUACCCUACGCGGGAAAAGAAUUCAGCAUGCUUGUCUUCCUCCCACAUGAGAGAGAUGGGCUGGGGAGACUUCUGGAAGACCUGACCCCUUCAGGGUAUCAAGGUGCCGUAGAUCGCCUGUUCACUGCGACCGUCAACUUGAAGUUGCCCAAAUUCAAGCUGGAAUCUGACUACAGUCUUGUGGAACAACUGGAGACUCUGGGAGCGAAAUCCAUCUUUUCAGGAGCUGCCAACUUCACCGGUAUUGAAGAAUCUGGUAGACUGGUGGUGAGCGAUGUUAUUCACAAAGCCGUGGUUGAAGUCAAUGAGAAGGGAAGUGAGGCUGCUGCGUUCACUGGGGUUGUGUUCGAAUUAAAAGUUACUUCGGUGCUGAUUCCAAAGCCCGUAGAAUUCAACGUUGACCACCCAUUCUUGUUCUUCAUUCGGAACAAGAUUUCCAAGUUGAUCCUCUUCGUGGGUGCUGUGCAUGCGCUGUAACUUAACGCUGACUGCAAAUGGUUCUUACUCUAGUAUUGUAUUAUGUUUGUGAUGUUAGUGGCGAUGAACGUUAUUGUCUUGUGUGGGCUUCAUCAAUGACGAGACGCUUUGGCUAGAGUUUCCUUUGGCCAGCCGUGAAUUUGUUCUUGGAUGUCGUCAAUAAAGUUAUGAUCCUCGUUUGUUUU